GGCGGAGGCGGCCGGCUUCCAAGAUGUGCCGCAGCUCCAGCGUGACGACCUGGCCUGCCUGGGCAACCUGCUGCUGCUGCUGGCGUGCGUGGGGCGGGGCGCGCCUCCCUCCCUGGAGCACCUCACCGCCCACUUCUCCCGGGAGUUCUGUCACGUGGUGGCGGGCCUGCUGGCCAGCGCUGAGGGCAGCGGGUUUGCCAGCUGGCGGUCGCUGCUGAGCGCGCUGGGCGACCGCGCGAUGGAUGAGCUCGACUCCGCCGCAGCCUACAGCGACGGCCUGCUGGGCGAGGUGCAGCGCGAGGCGGACAACGGCCGCCUGCUGCGCCUGCUCAUGAAGCUGUGCUACAUCUGCGACCGGCCGGAGCUGGGAGGAGACACGCAGUGGGCGGAGACGGGGGACAGGUACCUGCUCAAGCUGUUCCGCGACCUUCUGUUCCACCAGGUGGACGAGGAGGGGGCCCCGCUGCUGGACUGGGGCCUGGCGGCAGAGGCGCUCAACAAGGUGGACGCGGGGGUGCCCGAGAAGGUGCUGCUGAUGAGCCGGGACGAGAUGUCGAUGCUGGUGGUCAGCUACGCCGACGUGCGGCGCUGCAUCGCCACGUGCUACGACGAGCUGCGCUCCCGCGCCAGCGCCCAGUACGGCGCGGGCGGCGCGGCGGGGCAGGGCGGGCAGCAGGGCAUGCCGCGCUCGCGCUCCCGCCCCAGCAUGCAGCAGCAGUACUGAUGGGUCGGUCGGCUGGCUGAGGCGGCGAGCGCCGCGCUUGAAGCGCGCUCGCCGCUUCUGCCCCUCUGCUGGGCUGCGCUGCUGCUGCCGUUGUUAUUCGGUGAGGGGCUCAAGCCUCUUCCCGAGCACCAUCAGGUGUAAUGCAGAACGCAAGGC